AAGUGGCAUGCAGUUAGGCUUUUUUCCCCUUUGAUUUUCUCUUCAUGCAGUGCGGUUGUCGAUUUCUUCUCUUUUUCUUCCAGGGGGCUAACUGAUGUUAGCUUCCCCUCUGGUCUGCCACAAUGACCACCAUUGUCCAUGAUACUGCAGAGGCAGUUUGCCUCUCCUCUGAGUACAACCUGUACCUCAAGCCCAUUGCCAAAAUGACCGUCAGUGUGGCUCUGCCCCAGCUCAAACUGCCAGGCAAGAGCAUCUCCAACUGGGAGGUAAUGGAGAGGGUAAAGGCGAUGGUAGCUCCAGAGCAGUUUUCAGCCCUGCGAAUCUCCAAGAGCACCAUGGACUUCAUCCGCUUUGAGGGCGAGGUGGAAAACAAGACGCUGGUCAAGAACCUGCUGAGCCGUUUGGAUGGGAAGAGCAUCAAACUUAGUGGAUUUACUGAUGUGCUGAAGGUUCGUGCAGUAGAGAAUAAGGUGGACUUCCCUACACGUCAUGAUUGGGAUUCCUUCUUCCGUGACGCCAAGGACAUGAAUGAGACUCUGCCGGGCGAGAGGCCUGACACCAUCCACCUGGAAGGACUUCCCUGCCGCUGGUUCAGCCAGAAGGACAGCCAGUUCCCAGACCGGCCCUCUGAAGAGGUCCUUGUUGCUGUCUUCCAGACAUUUGGCAAGGUGCGAAAUGUUGACAUUCCCAUGCUGGAUCCAUACCGGGAGGAGAUGCUGGACAAGAACUUCAACACAUUCAGUUUUGGGGGUCAUCUGAACUUUGAGGCUUAUGUCCAAUACCAGGAGUACUGUGGCUUCACCAAAGCAAUGGACACACUGCGCAGCAUGAAGCUGAUGCUGAAAGGAGAUGAUGGAAAGGCAGUGGCCUGCAACAUCAAGGUGGCCUUUGACACCAGCAAGCACCUGAGUGAGUCCGCUCUGAAGAGGAGGAGCCUGGAAAGGCUGAAGUUACAGGAGCUGGAGAGACAGAGAGAGGAGCAGAAACGGCGAGAGAAGGAAGAGGAGGAGCGGCGUAAGGAGGAGGAGAGGAAACAGAAGGAGCAGGAAGAGGAGGAGAAGGAGAGGCGGAAGGAAGAGAGACUGCGAAAGCGAGAGCAGAAGUUGCGGGAGAGAGAGGAGAGGAGGAACCUGAAGAGGGUGAGGCGACAGCAGGAAGAGGAGCAGAAGAAGCUGCAGAUGAAGAUCGCCAUGGAGGAGAGGAGGCUGCUGCUGGCCCAGCGCAACCUGGAAUCAAUCCGGCUCAUUGCUGAGCUGCUGGCCAGAGCCAAGGCCAUGAAGCAGCAGCAGCAGGAGAAGGAGAGGGCAGAACGGGAGGAACGGGAAAGGCAGGAGCAGUCUCGACAGAAGGAGGAACUAGCUCGUCUGCAGCAGCUGGAGGCUUGCCGACGCAAGCAGGAGGAGGAGCUCCGGAGGGUGGAGGUGGAAAAGGAGCGAGCACUGGAGCUCCAGCGCCGAGAGAAGGAGCUCAGGGAGAGACUGCUUUGCAACCUGUUGAAGAAGAGCAGCAGUAAAACUGCAAGACCUCCGGGCAUGCAGGAUCAGGCUGGCCCUGUUACGAGUGAGGAGGCCUCUGAUCCUGGCGGCAAUGAUGUGGUGUUGGGAGUCCUGGGCCGGGCGAAUGGAGUCAAAGCAGUGGAGAGCAAAGAGAAGCAGGUGUCCAAAUCUAAUGUGAGCUCCCAAGUUUUGGGGAAAAACAGAGCAGGAGAAGAGAGGAGGGGAGGGGAUGACAGGAAGAAAGACCGGGAGGGAAGAAAGGACGAGGCGGUGAGGCACAGGCACAGCAGGGAGCAAGCGAGGGACCGCUCCCACAGAGAGAGGAGCUCCUAUAGCCAGGGGAGGAGGAGGCGCUCCCGCAGCUACAGCAGGAGGAGAAGGAGCUCCAGCAACCGUAGGAGGAGCUCCAGUCGCCACAGGAGGAGCUGCAGUCAUCACGGCAGCAGGAGGCACAGCCACAGCCAUUGCAGCAGGAGCACGAGCUCCAGCCAGGACAGGAGCCGGAGCAGCAGCGGGAGGAGUCACAGCAGAGGGAGGAGCCGCAGGAAUAGCCACCACAGAUACAGCAGAGGCAGCUCCAGGAGCAGCAAUAAAAGCAGGGACAGGAGGAGUCACAGCCAUUGCAGUCGAAGAUACAGGAGACACAGCAACAGUCGGGACAGGAGCCACUCCAGACGACGCUAAUCUCAUCAAUGUGAUCAGUUUAUUGAUUGAUUUAUCCCCCUCACUUGUAACUAGGUUUCACAAGAAGAAUAGAUUUUACAGAAGUACACUCAAAGUACACUAAAACUGGUUUCCAUGAUAUGAGUAAGCAUAAUAGGGUAUUAAAAUGAGUGAUUGAUUCUAUAAUCAUUGGUAUCUAUUGUUUUGGAAGUAGAGAAAAGUCACUAGCUGAUAAAUCAAAAGUUACUAUCAUAUGCCAGAUAAGUGUAGAUUGACACACCAGUCUAACCCUACUGUAAACCCAAAAUUCUGUUAGUGACCUUCAUUUUCUGCAAAAUGAAGAAAGUCAUCUUUGUGCAUGAAUUACAGUGAGUUGUAGACUGUGUUGAAGCUAAAGAGAGCGUAAUGUGUUUGUUAUUUUCAUGUGGCACCAGCGUGUUCAUCCACAAACGUAGCCUGUUUACAGAAUAAAAAGUGUCAUUCAGUGCAGACAUCUAAAUCCGCAUGAAGUUACAGCUGCUGUAGUCGUGGAACUCCUCCUGACAUAAAUGGCUGCUUUUUCGUUCCAAAUGUGAAAUUUCCACAGACUGUUAGAAUGCAUGCCUGUGUGUCGGCUGCCCUGCAGACGGCAUACAUGUUUCCUGGAAUACUUCUUCAGUGUUGGCUGUGUUGCUGAUAAGCAGCUCAGAGAAAAACUGAAUUCUUCAAUGGAUUUGAUGCCUGGCUCAGCCAAGCAGCACCAUGAUGAUCACACAGUUUUAGCAGGCAAAGACCGAUUCAUUUUAGUUUUAUUUGAAUUUCUUAACGUUUGGAAGUUUGUUUGUGGGGGGAUUGCUUGAUUUGUCGAGUGUGUGUGAGUUUUGUGAAUACUUGGUUGACAGUCGUAAUGAAAGCGUUACGACAUAUUUGACUUGACUGAGCAGGCGGUGCACGAGUGAUGGAUUUGAGAGUUUUUUUUCAAGUCUAGGACAACAUUUUAUCAUUUCUUCUGAACCAGCUUCUGGGAUUUAAGUCAAACCAGCACAAUAGCAAGUAAAAAUGGGAUGCCAGGAUGUAAGUCCUGCUUUCGUUCACAGUGUAAUGCUGCAUGCAUUUCUUUAGCCUUACCAUUACCCAGAGUCCGAAGUGACACCUUCACAAUGCUUGUUUUUAUAGUCGAAGUCUCAACAUUGUUUAAAAAUUAAUCUAAAUUAUUAUAUUAAUUAAAUUGAAAAACAGCAAAUCCACAAAUGUGAAGCCGGAGUUUUAGUUUGUUAGUUUUACAUCAAAAAUGACAAUUAUUAAAAUAGUGGACAGAUAACAUUGACCCCUCCUGGUAGCAUUGACACCCCAGCAAACCUGUCGCUCCAAAGGAAACGCUUUGUUACUGUUCAUUGUAUCUUAUGCAGCAGCCCGGAUAAAAAAAACAUUUCGGUCGGUAGAUUUUUUUUUUCAGUUUACCAGCCAUUGACAGUGAGAUGAAAAAGUUAAUUUUGAACCCUGAUGCAGGCUGUUCUCAUAGCUGUAUGUCAGCUCCGGAGAUGUCAAACAUUUCAGAUAGUUUUGUUCACACUGCUCCAUCAGCCUUUUUGUUCUGUGUACUGUAUGCUCAUGAUCUACUGGAGCAUGUCUGGAAACACAUGGUUAAAAUAAAACAUCCAAGCUGAAA